UCUGCUUUUUCUUCUCCCUCUGUUGCCCAAUUCCCUCUAUUUCUCUCUCUAUUUUUUUUUAUCUUUCUUUUUUCCUUUUGUUGAUUCUCUUUGCUUCUUCCAUCUAUAAAUCUCUCCCAACCCCUCCUUUGUUAUCCUUCUUUCCUCCGCUCCCAACUCUCCAUUUUCCCCCCUUUGUUCUCAUUUGUUUUUUGGUUGGAGUCCCUCCUCAGGAAGAGAGCUGUACAGCUGAGGUGUUGGUUUCUGAACAGGCGUUAUUAGUAAGAGAAGAUAUCCAAAAAUGAAUCAAUACUGCGCAUUGGCAGCUUGUGAAGAAAUGAGGUGCUCUGUGCCUGCAUCAGAGAGGAGAGCUCCGGUGGUUUGCCCCAAGCCUCGCCGUCUCGGUCUCUUGAAUGCCACCAUUGUCGACCCCCUCAGGCCCAUUCGAUGGCAUCUCUCGAAUCAAACGGAGCUUUCCGAUUCAAAAUCAGGGACUGAUCUUCUGGACAUCAUCCUAGCAAAGGGUGGUUAUGGUGCAGAAUCUUGCACACAAGUAGCCUCGUCGCCCCCAUUUUUCAGCGGGUCACCGCCGAGCAGAGUUGCUAACCCAUUAAUUCAAGACGCUCGAUUCGGGGAUGAGAAACUCAACCCCAUCUCGCCGCCUUUGGUGUCGGUCCCCUCUGGCCUGUCAUCCUCUCCAUCUUCGUCUGCAAGGAAAGGAGGAUGCAUUAGGGCGAAUUUUGGGAACAACCCGGCAGUGAGAAUCGAGGGGUUCGAUUGCCUGGACAGGGAUAGGCGAAACUGCAGCAUCCCUGCUCUUGCUUAGAACCCAUUUCAACCACCAACAAAGUACAUAGAACAAACACGCCAAAAACAACUACAACAGACAAACACAAACGUUGAUAGCAGCAGAGGAAUUUUGAGAUUCUCCGGAGUGUGAGAGCUGAGAUCCUUUUACUAGUAGUGGUAGUGUAUAUAAAGUUUAGCGGUGUCUUUGUAUGUAAUCAUGUGUCUGUAAGUAAAUGGAGAUGUUGACCAAAUAAUGGAGCCAGUCGCUUAGGUUGUUUGGGAGGUUUGGUUUGGCCUGAUAAUGUGUCGUUGUCAUGUCCUCCUUGUAUUGUAAGUAACAGUCUGUGAGGAGGGGAAAUUUUCAUUUAAUUUAUCUUUUGGGUCUCUUUUUUCCUAAGUUAAUGGGCGGCUUAUGAAGAUAAUCUGUAAAAAUGAAGUUGGUAUGGAAUCGUCUAAGCGGGCCAUUUACACUGUAAAUAUAACUGUUCCCCUUUGGAUUCCAUUGGGCAUUCUCUCUUUUA